GGUUCGUGAAAUUAGCAAACUAGAAAAUAUCAAUCUCCUCCAAUUCCAAGAGGGAUUCUUCAGGAUCCGUUGAGGAAUAUCAAACACUAACAUUUUUUUCAGUUCUCUUCACGAGAACAAAGUUUGUUUCGAUUUAUAGCCCUCUUAAUCUAUCAAGGGUCUUUCUUGUUUGAGAAUUUCUAGGAAAUCUCGAAGAGAAUCUCAUGUUAUUAUAUCGAUCCUUCUUUAUUUUAUCGUUUUAAACUUCGUAAAUUUUCUAUAAUUACCGAAUCAUUUCAUCUCUUCUUCUUUGUUACUAAAAUUUUUGCAACUUUCUCGAGAAAAUCAGCAGCAAUUUCGAUCCCCCUUUGUUAAAUAGAUAAAAAAGGAGUUUUCAUCAGGUUAUUGAUCGUGUUAUUUGAAAGAUCAUUGCCCUCUUUGUUUCUUUCUUGUUUUAAUUUGUGGAUAUCUUUUGUCAUCUUUUGAUCAUUAACAAAACUAGAGAAUUUGAAAUUACGGAGGCAAUUUUUGCACCAUCAACGGCAGAUCAUCAUCAAUCUAUCUCUCCAUACAAGCAAAUGAAAAACCCAAAUCCAACGAAGAAGAUCAAUCAUACUAGUCGCAGUUUCAUUUCAAGAUCCACGGAAAACUUGCCUCCUAUGAACUAUUAUAACAGCAACAGCAUCCACGGAGGCCUCUUCUUUGCUCCUCCUCGUGAUCCCCUCUCCUUUUCCUACCCUCCAUCUUCUCUUUCAGUUUUAAAUCCACACCAACAAUAUUAUUAUCAGAAGCAAGCCCAGCCACCUCUCCUUCCUCUUCCAACCUCUCAACCCCGCCACAACUCUCUCCCUUCUCUAAGCCGGGGCUUUUCUUGCCCACCUACCGCUGCAAGAAAGACUAAUAGACCCAGAGACCAAUCUUUCACACCAAAGAAAUCCAAACAACCCAACACCAAAAAGGAAGAGCCAAAGAAAGAAUCGUUGAUUAUUGAAUCUACUGUACCAUUAGGACCUGACCCAAAAGAUUUGCCAAGAGAUGUUUCAAAGGUUUUAUCAUCAUCAGUGACAGUGUCAGGUAACGAUGUUAUCACAAAUCCCGUUUUUACGAAAGAUUGUGAUCCGAAGUUUCCAGGUUCUGUGUUUACACUAUCUCCACACCCUAGCAGCCUGCCCUUGCCCAAGUUUUCCAUGAAACCAAAGCGUAGUUGCACCGCUGAAGCUUCCGGGGUUGAUGCUGGAGCUACAGAUAAUCUCCGUCGACUUUUACGUAUCCGGUGAAGUGAAGUUAUUUCCUUGCUGGCUAUAACUGUGUAGCUGGUGAAAGUGAAGGUUAAUCUUUAAUUUCUGUGUACAUAAAAAGCAAAGCCGAGAGAUCGUGCUUUGCACGUUGUAGCCUUUUCUCGCUGUUGUCCUUGCGGUUUUUCAUGUUCUAGCAAUCGAAGAAAAGUUUGUGAUCACCACCUGCGUUUUUGAAUUGGGGUGCACAAACAGUACUUUACAAGAGUAAAGAAGCUGGGUAGCUGUUUAUUUUUUUCCUCAUGUCUAGAGGGGGUGGGGUUAUGAAAUCCUCCUCUUGUCGUGUCAGCAAUAUUACAUGAUCUGUAGCUUUGUUUUUCUACGUGAAAGUGCAUCUAUUUUGUUUUUCUAUACUAUUUUUCAAGAAAUCUAAUGUGAAGAAACAAGGAAUUUUGUGUUUUUUUGUGUCAGAAACAAUGAAUUGAAGUACUAGGAGAUUGGAUUA